UCGUCCUUGUAUUGAUCCUUCUCGGAGGUAAACGAAACAAAACAAAAAAUAUCAUACAGAUGUUCAACUUGAGUUGAAUUAUGAGGCUUUGACACAGCACAGUAGCACACACCUUUUGAUCACCACCACCAUGUCCCACCACGCCACCCUACAUUUCUACAACCUCAGACAGACAUAUACAUCAUUCAUCAUCCUUGUCUUGAAUCUUGAUCCUUCUCGUAGAUAAACAAAAUAAAACAAAACAAAAAAUAUAAAGAUUUUCAACUUGGAUUGAAUUAUGAAUCUUUGACGCAGCACACACCUUUUGAUCACCAUAUCAAUAAUCAACAUCUUCUUCAAUGAUCUCUUUUGCAACAAUAACAACAAUAAUGUCUUCCCUUCUCAUAUAUCUCUUCCUUCUGAGAAUAACCUUAGUUUCUUCGUCAACAGAAUUUGUCUACAACACCAACUUCAACUCCACCAACAUAAAUCUCUAUGCAAACGCCACUAUUGAUGAUCACUCUCACUCUUCAAUUCUCACCCUUACCAACCAUGCCUCUUUCUCUAUUGGCCGUGCUUUCUACCCUUCCAAGAUCCCAACAAAAUCUUCCUUUUCUUCCAACCCUUUACCGUUCUCAACCUCCUUUAUCUUCUCCAUUGCACCAUUCAAGCACCUUCUCCCUGGCCAUGGUUUUGUGUUCUUGUUCUCACCUUUUGAAGGAGCAAACGGGGUUAGCUCAGCUCAGCACCUUGGCCUCUUCAACUUGACCAACAAUGGUAACCCCAAAAACCAUGUUUUUGGGAUUGAGUUUGAUGUGUUCAAGAACCAAGAAUUCAAUGACAUCAAUGAUAACCAUGUGGGUUUGGAUGUGAAUUCUCUUACUUCUUUGGCCUCACACGAUGCUGGAUUUUGGGUCAGUGGAAAACAUGAUGAAAAGUUUAAGGAAUUGAAGCUUAACAAUGGUGAGAACUAUCAAGUGUGGAUUGAGUAUUCAGAUUCUAGAGUUAAUGUAGCAAUGGCUAUUGCAGGGAAAAGAAGGCCUAAUAGGCCUUUGAUUAGUGAACUUGUGAAUCUUUCUGAUGUCUUUUUGGAUGAAAUGUUUGUGGGAUUUUGUGGAGCAACAGGGCAACUUGUUGAGAGUCACAAGAUUUUGGCAUGGAGCUUUAGCAACUCAAAUUUUUCGAUCGGCGAUGCUUUGGUGACUACGAAUUUGCCUUCAUUUGUGCUUCCAAAAGACCCAGUUUUGAAGUCAAGAGGUUUUGUUUCAGGUAUCAGUUUUGGGAUUUUUAUCUUUGUUAUUGGUAGUGCAGCUAUGGUGUUUGUUGUUUUGCUCAAAAGAAAAAGAAGCAAAAGAAUGGAGGAAGAGGGAGAUAUUGAAGACUGGGAAUUAGAGUAUUGGCCACACCGUAUUAGUUAUGAAGACAUUUAUGCUGCAACUAAAGCAUUUUCAGAACAGAAUAUAAUUGGGUUUGGAGGGAAUGGAAAAGUUUAUAAAGGGAUUCUACAAGGAGUAGAAGUAGCAGUGAAAAGAAUCCCUUAUGACAGUGAAUAUGGUAUGAGGGAGUUUUUAUCUGAGAUUUCAAGCUUAGGAAGAUUGAAGCAUAGGAAUGUGGUUCCAUUGAGGGGUUGGUGUAAGAAAGAGAGAGGAAGCUUGAUCCUAAUUUAUGAUUAUAUGGAUAAUGGAAGUUUGGACAAGAUAAUAUUUGAUUCUGAUGAGAACUCAAUUUUCCAUUGGAAAAACAGAAUGAAGGUGCUGAAGGAUGUGGCUAUGGGGAUAUUGUAUUUGCAUGAGAGUUGGGAAGUUAAGGUGUUGCAUAGGGACAUAAAAGCAAGCAAUGUGUUACUUGACAAGGAUAUGAAUGCAAGGUUGGGGGAUUUUGGACUCGCCCGGAUGCAUCAUCAUGAGCAGAUACCUAACACCUCUCGAGUGAUCGGAACGGUUGGCUACAUGGCACCGGAACUGCUAAGAACCGGGAGAGCCUCGACGCAAACUGAUGUGUUCAGCUUCGGCGUGUUGGUUCUAGAGGUUGUGUGUGGGAGAAGGCCUAUAGAAGAGAAUAAGCCAGCAUUGGUUGGUUGGGUGUGGAGGCUAAUGGAGAGAGGAGAGUUGUGUUGUGCUCUUGAUGAAAGAUUGAAAAUGAGGGGUGAUGAAGAUUAUAGCAUUGAUGAAGUUGAGAGAGUUCUUCAUCUUGGUUUGUUGUGCACACAUUAUGAUCCUCAAGUUAGGCCAAGUAUGAGGCAAGUUGUGAAGGUUUUGGAGGGUGAGAGUUUGGAAAUAAGCUUAGUUGAUAAAAUAAAUUCCGCUGCUGAUGGAUAUAGUGGGGUUCACCCCACCAUUGAAGAUAUAUCUCAAUGUUCUUUCACAACUCAAUGUGAGGGCAGAUGAGUUUUCUUGAGGAUCAUUUCACUAAUUUUCUUCCUAGUUUCAUCUGAUGAAACCUAAGGCAAUAAUUCUCUCCAGUAGUCCACCUCUUCUCUUACUGCCACCCGCCAUCCGCCACCCUUCUCUCCCUUUGGCGUUCCAUUCCCCUCGCCGUCUUCGUCGCGUCAGCGUUGUUGCCUUUGUCGCAUCAUGGUCGCCGUCUUCGUCAUGUCAAUGUUGUCGUCUUUGUCGCUCUUUAUCUCCGUCCAGAAGGAGAUUAGUCUUCGCCGUUGCAAAUUUCAGGUGUGUAUACGUAUUGCUUUAUUCCAACUUUC